UUCUAUGGCAUACACACUUACUGCGCUACAGUUUCCUCUCACUGAUUUGUAUAUUACUUCUAAUUUCUUAUUUGUGUGGGAAGUGCUUUAUUUUCCGUCAGUGACCUUGGAGGCGAGCUUAGACUAGGCGACUGAGAUGUGAAGGAAAACUAAUCUCUUUUGGGAUGAAACUGUGCCGCUCUUCCUCUUUUGGACUCUUUUGUUUCUGCACCUCUCUCCCUUCCCCUCUCUCUCUCUCUCUCUCUUUCUCUCCUCUCCAUAUUGAUCGCGCAGAGUCAGGCUUUGGGAGAGGAGUGUGUGUGCGUCAGAGCCUCCCCACCUGCUAUAAAAGCCAAGGCGUCUGCAGCAGAGAAGGCAGAGCUGAGCAGGGCUCCAGUGGACAACCAGAGGCAGAAACAGAGACCGAGAGAUUUCAAGCUCACAGCAAGCAAGCCGCUCCUUCCUCCUCGCCGCCAUGAGCUACGAUCCGUACUACGCCACCUCCUCCUACAAGAGAUGGUACCCCGACAGCGCCCCACGGCCGGCCCCGAGGACCCGCUCCUCCACCCGGGUGCACUACUCCACCCACAGCGCGGCGCCCCCCAUGUCCUCCGGCUCCUCUCGCCACCACCACUACCUGUCCCCGAGCCGCGCCUCCGCCUCCGCCGCCGCCUCCAUGGAGAUGGACCUGAGCCAGGCGGCCCACAUCAGCUCAGAGUUCCGGGUGGUGCGCACGCAGGAGAAGGCCCAGCUGCAGGACCUGAACGACCGCUUCGCCGGCUUCAUUGAGCGCGUGCACGAGCUGGAGCAGCAGAACCGCACGCUGGAGGCCGAGCUGAUGCUGCUGCGCCAGAGGCACGCCGAGCCGUCCCGCCUGCGCGCCCUCUACGAGCAGGAGGCCCGCCGUCUGCGCGACGCCGCCGAGGAGGCCCGAAUGGAGAGACAGGCGGCGCUGGCUUCCCGCGAGCGCGCCGAGGAGGCUCUGCACAACCUGCAGGCCCACUACGAGCAAGAGGCGCUGGGCCGCGAGGAGGCCGAGGGCAAGCUACUGGAGACGCGCAAGGGCGCCGACGAGGCCGCCCUGCAGAGGGCCGAGCUGGAGAAGCAGGUGGAGACGCUGGUGGAUGAGCUGGCCUUCCUGAAGAGGCUGCACGAGGGCGAGGUGAGCGAGCUGCAGGCGCAGGUGCAGUAUGGCGCCCAGAUGGCCGUGGAGACGGAGACGGUCAAGCCGGACCUGUCGAGCGCGCUGCGAGACAUCCGGGCACAGUACGAGCGGCUGGCGGCGCGGAACAUGCAGGCGGCCGAGGAGUGGUUCCGCGGCAAAGUGGGCUCUCUGACGGAGACGGUGGCACAGCACAGCGACGCCGUGCGCAGCUCCAAGGACGAAGCCGGCGAGUACCGGCGCCAGCUGCAGGCCCGCAUCCUGGAGAUCGACGCCUGCCGGGGCAUCAACGACUCACUGGAGAAGCAGCUGCACGAGAUGGAGGACAAGCAGAGUGCUGAGAUCGCCGCCAUGCAGGACACAAUCAGCCAACUGGAAGAUGAGCUGAGAGGCACUAAGGGUGAGAUGGCUCACUACCUGAAAGAGUACCAGGACCUCCUCAAUGUUAAAAUGGCCCUUGAAAUCGAGAUUGCUGCAUACAGGAAACUGUUGGAAGGGGAGGAGUCUCGUUUCAACGUGGGUGUGGGCGGAGGCGUGUCCAGCCUCUACUCCCACAGCCUGUCCGCUGGGCCUGUCUUCUCCCGGCCUCUCUUCUCCAGCCUGAGCUCUGGCUCCCCCUACCUGCUCAGCUCUCGCUUCGCCAGCUCCUCCUACUCCUCUGCUGACCAUUACAUCACCUCCGCCCAGGCCAAGAAGGCUGAGGCCAGUCCCACCAAGGAAGAGGAAGCAGAAGAAGAGGAGGAAGAAGAAGAAGAAAAGGAGGUGAAGGAGGAAGAGGAAGAGGAGGUGAUGAUUGAGGUAUAA